AUGAAAGUCGACUCGUUUGCGCUCGCUGGGGUCUACGGGAUGUUCUUGUCCCUGCUGAUCCUUACAGGAAACUUUACGGAGACUUUUCUUGUCACCUUCUGCCGAGAACCUAAGUACACCCUGGGGAACUUUGGUCAAGUGUGGGCCAACUGGCACGCGGUCGGCUGUGCCUAUCUUGGGCUGACAAACUUGUGGGCCUUUCUCAAGGCUGAGAGUCUUCAAAGUCCGACGAAGCAGCUGGUUGCUUUCAACUCGGCCUUCAUCUACGGCACUUGGGCCCUUCAGAACACGUACUACUGCAUCUUCCGCGCAGACCUCUUCACGCCGUGGAUGUGGCUAAAUGCAGGAGGAUGUGCAGCCGCUGCUGCUUUGAGCCUCCAUGAUGGGGUGGCUGAGAAGACAGCUGAAGACCAUGAGAAGACAUACCAACCCCUGUCUUGA